AGUCAAAAGUAUUACUCAUUAUUACUCAAACAUGUAAUAUUAUUUUCCAAUUCUCUUUUGUUAUGAUAAAACAUAUUAUUUGGCCUUUUUGUUGUUUUGUUUUUUUCUUGUGGCUUUUGCCUCGAUUCGAUUUUGUUGUAUAAGCAAAUUGCGGGCAUAUUUGUUAUCAGCCUGAUGGAUUGGGGAGGGCCAAUCUCGGUUAAUGGGCAUUUGAUGAGGAGCAGCUGAUGUGGGUCUCAGUCAUGAAUUGUUUGCUGCGCUAUCCACUUCUAUUGCUCGCCUACUGGAUUGCCGCGGGCGUCCAUGGCAGUCGCAUUUUGUGCCUCUCUGUGGGCGUGCAUCGAUCCCAGCUGCUUGUCCAUUUGGCGGUGGCGCGAGUGCUGCUCCAGCGUGGCCAUCAGCUAACUCUGGUAACCAGUCAGCCCUUGGAGAGGGAUUGGCUGACGGCGAAUGUAACGCAUUUGCUGCUGCCCUGGCAGUUGCCGAGGGAACAAGUGAUCGAGCCUCAUGCCAAUUUUCUGACUCGUCUGCAAUGGACACUUGAGAGGUUGGAGAAAUCGGGCGAACUGCUCGAUCAGCCCGAAUGGCGAGAGUUUAUGGAGCACACUCCAUCAACGCCCUAUGAUCUCCUGCUGCUUGGCUACCAUUUCAAUGACCAUCUACUGGGCGUCGCUGCUCAUUUCAAUUGCCCUGUGGCCAUUAUAACGACUCAGCAGCCAAUUGGCUUCGUGCACAGCCUGAUGGGCAAUCCAGAGGAACGCUGGUAUGUGCCGCAGCCCUACGACAGUCGCCAGCGAACGGGACUGGAAGGCUACAUCUUUGGACUGUGGGAGAAGCUGUCGGAGCUGCUAGCCAGGCGCGUCAUGCAGCGCAUUUACAGCACUCACUUUCCUUCCCCACAGUACCCUAGCUUCGAGGAAAUGCGCCGUCGAGUGAUACUCGCCUUGAAUAAUCAUCACAUGGUCAGCGAGGGACCCAUAGGUCCGCUGCUGCCCAACAUGCUGGAUAUUGGCGGCAUAGUAAUGGAGCAGAUGGAACGAAAAGAGUUAAACUUACCUCGACGUCCUUUCAUAGUCUUCAGCCUGGGCACGCGCUUUAGCUGGCUCACAAUGCCUGGCAAAGUGGAGAAAGCAUUUGUGGAUGCCUUUGCUCAACUAAGGGAUUAUGAUAUAUACUGGACAUAUGAUGGAGCUAAUGCUAGUACUAUUCACUUGGCAAAUAGUCACGUGCAUUUAGAGGAUUGGUGGCCACAAGCUCAGCUAUUAGCUCACCCCCUGGCUCGACUCUUCAUCACACAUGGAGGCAAGGGAAGUCUCAGUGAGGCGCUCUACUAUGGAGUUCCUAUGCUCGGCCUGCCUCUGCUAGGCGAUCAACGGCCAAACUUACGCAAAAUGCAAAAUAAGGGCUGGGGCUUAUCCCUGGAUAUUCACAAUGUGAGCCAAGCGGAGUUGUUGUGCUCUAUCAAGAGGCUGUUGAAUGAGAAGCAGUUCCGGGAGAGCAUUCGAAGAUCUUCAUUGCUGUAUCGUGAUCGUCCUUUGAAUGCCAGCGAUUUGGCUGCCUAUUGGCUGGAAUAUGUGAUUAGGCAUAAGGGUGCACCGCACCUAUCUGGCAACGCCAGGCACUUGAAUUUUUGGCAGCGCCAUCUUUUAGACGUUAGACUUGCAGUCUAUGGACCGUUGGGUAUGCUUGGCUGGUUGGCCCUGUGGCUAAAUAGAAAACUCAACUGCAAUCGCUGA